GAAUGAAAGGAAGAGCAGAAACAUAAACAAACUAAUUUCACCGGUGCACAAAAUUGUUUAGAAUGUGUGGUAGUGUACAAGCUGGAAAGUUUAUGCUUGUAGUAAUUUCAGAAGCAAAAAUAUGUAAAGUGACGUUGACAUGAUUGCCUCUGCCUAUUUGGGAUUUUUGUAAAAAAUUAAAUUAAAAAGAAUUGCUUCGUCAAAAAAGAUGCUGCUUUUAAGUCUAGUGACAUUGUUGUCACUCGUGCUGAAUGGAGUUUUGGCUGAAAUUGCUUUCCAGAAACCAAAAAUUUUAAUUGUCACUUUGAUUCGCAACAAGGAACAUACACUGCCGUAUUUUUUUUCUUUUCUCGAAAGUUUGGACUACCCGAAAGGUCGGAUCUCUCUAUGGCUUCGCUCCGAUCACAACCAGGAUAGAAGUAUUGAUAUUACCAAAACAUGGUUGAAAAAAGUUUCCCGGUACUAUCAUAGUGUGGACUUUGGUUACCGGAGCGACGAAGAAAUGCGUCCCGACGAAGGUAGUGCUUCUCAUUGGUCCGAACAACGAUUUGCGGAUGUAAUUCGGCUGAAGCAGGAAGCCCUCGAUAAAGGCAGGAAAAUUUGGGCCGAUUUUGUUUUGUUUCUCGAUGCGGAUGCAUUCAUUACAGAUUCACAAGCUCUAUCCAAACUAGUUGAUCUAAAUUUGCCGAUCGUGGCGCCAAUGCUUCUGUCCGAUGGCCUGUAUUCUAACUUUUGGUGUGGAAUGACAGCUGAUUAUUACUAUCAGCGAACCGAUCAGUACAAGGAAAUCCUUAAUUAUGACAAAACCGGUCAAUUUGCUGUUCCAAUGGUACACAGUGCAAUGUUGGUGAACAUUAACGUGUUACAGUCGGUGAAUUUAACUUUUGAUCCAAGAAAACUACCACCAGGGCAAUAUGACGGACCACUAGAUGAUAUCAUCGUUUUUGCGAUGUCCGCUAAAUAUAGUGGAAUACCGAUGUAUAUUUCGAAUGCUCUUGUCUACGGUUACUUACUAGCACCUCUGGAGCAAGGAGAUGCGAUUGAAAAAGAUCUGGAACAGUUGACCAAUAUCAAACUAUUCAUCAUCAAUCAAUAUGGAGCUCUCAAUAUCAAGGAAGAUAUGAAAUCCUUUGUAAAAAGUUCGCCAAAAAACAAGUUAGAUUUGUCCCACAUUUAUAUGAUAAAUUUGGAAAGACGAUCCGAACGACGUAAGAAAAUGCUAAACAAUUUCGAUGAACUAGGUUUGGAGGUGGAAUAUUUUCCGGCUGUCGAUGGCAAGAAACUGACUGACGAUGUUCUCCGUGAAAUAGGCGUAAAAUUUCUACCAGGAUACGCGGAUCCAUUUCAUCAGAGCAGACCAAUGACCAUGGGCGAAAUCGGUUGUUUUCUCAGCCAUUACUAUAUCUGGAAAAAAAUAAUCGAACUCAAGCAAGAAGAAGUAUUGAUUUUAGAGGAUGAUAUUCGGUUCGAGCCGUACUUCAGCAGACGUGUUUAUCAACUUCUAAACGAAGCUCGAACUAUCGGAGGAUGGGAUCUAAUUUAUUUUGGUCGUAAACGGUUGCAAGAAGAGGAUGAAAAAUGGGUAGACGGAUCUAAUACAAUGGUCAAAGCAGGGUACUCGUACUGGACUUUGGGUUAUUUAGUGUCAUUGAAAGGAGCGAAGAAACUUCUCGAAGAAAAACCUCUUGAGAAGUUAGUUCCAGUGGAUGAAUAUAUUCCCAUAAUGUUUGAUAACCAUCCAAAUGAUUCAUGGGCAAGGCAUUUUAAUAACAGGAACUUGAUUGCUUGGAGUGCAGCACCAUUAUUGCUCUAUCCAACUCAUUACACUGGGGAUGAUGGGUACAUUUCGGACACUGAGGACUCGAUAAGAAUUGACAAUGUCUUAAAGGUUAGCAAUAAUACAACGGACAUUUUGAUUGAGAAGAAAGGAGACAAAGAACAGCUAAAUAGCAAUUUGUUGUUCGAUUCGUCCGUAACUAAGGACGAUACUGAGCUGAGUGUUAAAAAUAGGAGAAAUGAACUAUGAAAUAACACGAUAAAAACAAAUCAAACGAAAGUUCAAAAUGAUUUUACUGCGACAUCGCACAAAUGACAGUAUAGCGCAAAUUAAAAUGAUAAGAAGAAAACAAAUGGGUUCUAUCGACUUUCUGAGAGCAAUGAAAUUAUUACCAAAUAUGAUGUGCCUUAUUAUACGAGUUUAGUUAAUUUUAAUAAAUUUUUAUAACCGAACAUUAAAA